AUGGAUCAUCAAGCCGAAGCUAACAGAACUGAUUUGAUGACAAUUACUCGCUUUGUUCUCAACGAACAAUCAAAGUUUCCUGAAUCACGCGGAGAUUUCACCAUCCUUAUCAGUCACAUUGUUCUUGGCUGCAAAUUCGUUUGCUCUUCUGUCAACAAGGCAGGAUUGGCAAAACUCCUAGGACUUGCCGGAGACACCAAUAUUCAAGGCGAGGAACAAAAGAAAUUGGAUGUGAUAUCUAAUGAAGUAUUUGUGAAAGCGUUGAUCAGCAGUGGAAGAACAUGCCUUCUUGUUUCCGAAGAGAACGAAGAUGCUAUCAUUGUGCCGCUGUCGCAACGUGGCAAAUACAUUGUUGUGUUUGAUCCUUUGGAUGGAUCCUCAAACAUUGAUUGUGGAGUUUCUAUAGGAACUAUCUUUGGUAUUUACAUGGUGAAGGAUACAAAUAGUGUUACCAUUGAAGAUGCAUUGCAACCUGGUAGCAAAUUAGUAGCAGCUGGUUAUUGCAUGUAUGGAAGCUCUUGCACGUUUGUGCUUAGUACUGGAUAUGGAGUGAAUGGUUUCACGCUUGAUCCUUCCCUUGGAGAGUUCAUAUUGACUCAUCCAAAUAUCAAGGUACCAAAGAAAGGAAAGAUUUAUUCGGUGAAUGAAGGAAAUGCGAAAAACUGGGAUAAACCAACAACCAAAUAUGUAGCAAAUUGCAAGUUUCCACAAGAUGGUUCAUCACCAAAAUCUCUUAGGUACAUUGGAAGUAUGGUAGCUGAUAUCCAUAGAACAUUGCUAUAUGGCGGUAUCUUCAUGUACCCUGCUGAUAUCAAAAACCCAAAUGGAAAACUAAGGGUUUUAUAUGAAGUGUUUCCAAUGUCAUAUUUGAUGGAACAAGCAGGAGGUCAAGCUUUCACAGGAAAACAAAGGGCCCUCGACUUGGUUCCAAAGAAAAUACAUGAUAGAUCACCAAUAUUUCUUGGAAGCUAUGAUGAAAUUGAGAAAAUCAAAGAGCUCUAUGAGGAAUCUUAG